AUGAUGAUGAUGAUGAUGAAGAAGAAAAGGAAGAGGGAAGAAGAAGAUGAGGAAGGAAGAAAGAAGAAGGAAGAAGGAAAAAAAGAAGAAGAAGAGGAAGGAAGAAGAAGAAAAAGAAGAGGAAGGAAGAAGAAGAAGGAAGAAGAGAAGAAGAAGAGGAAUGAGAACGAACUAAGAACAUUUCCACAAAGACCGUUAGGAAAUCGAAGAGAGCACAUGAAUGAUUACUCCAGAAAUGGAUAA